AUGCCUUUCGGUCAGGUGCCAGCACUUGACGUCGACGGAAAGAUUCUGCCGCAGUCGUUUGCCAUUAACAGAUAUCUGGCGAGGCAGUUUGGUUAUGCUGGCAAGAACGCUUUCGAGGAGGCAAUGGUGGACGCAUUCGCUGACCAAUACGGGGAUUUUUACAAAGAAGCAACACCGUAUCUCUAUGCAGUGUGGGGAUUCAAAAAGGGUGAUGUGAAUGCACUGGAAAAAGAUGUGUUCAUACCGGCGCGUGACAAAUACUUCACACUCAUGACUAAAUUCCUCAAGAAAAGUUCAUCAGGAUUUCUCGUUGGAGAUUCGGUAACAUGGGCUGAUUUGCAGUUAGCUGAAUUGGCCUCGUUCACCGAGAAAUACCCAACACUUUACAAUGGAUAUCCAGAGGUGAAGGCUCAUUCCGACAAGAUCCGCUCAAUUCCGGCUAUCAAGAAAUGGAUUGAAACCCGUAAGGUUACACCAUUCUGA